GGGGAAAAGCGCCGCCCUUUCCUUUGGGCCGAGAAGCCGGUUCUUUCCUUUGAGCCGCCAUUAACGCCGCUGCUUUUACAGGAUGAAGAUCUGGAGCUCGGAGCACGAGUUUGGGCAUACAUGGGAUACUGUAAUAAAAGCUGCCAUGAGAAAAUAUCCCAAUCCUAUGAACCCAUCAGUGGUAGGAGUUGAUGUCUUGGACCGAAGCCUUGACAAUCAAGGAAGGUUGCACAGUCACCGGCUACUUAGCACUGAAUGGGGCCUACCAAGUAUUGUAAAAGCGAUUCUGGGAACAAGUAGAACUAUGACAUACAUUAAAGAACAUUCUGUAGUUGAUCCGGUGGAAAAGAAAAUGGUACUGAGCUCCACAAAUAUAACACUUACAAAUCUUAUAUCAGUUGAUGAAAGGUUGGUAUAUACGCCACACCCUGAAAACCCUGAAAAGACUUUGUUAACUCAAGAAGCAAUUAUUACAGUAAAAGGUGUUAGCCUCAGUAGUUACUUGGAAACUUUAAUGGCAAGCACAAUAUCUUCUAACGCUAGAAAGGGGUGGGAUGCUAUUGAGUGGACAAUUCAACAUUCUGACAGUGUUCUAAGAUAGCAGUCUCUUUCUACAGCUGCAUUUUGUACUAAUUAGUGGGUCGAGAAGCCUUAGAAUGGGUGAUUGGCGAACUAACAUCGACGCGAGAGAGCAUGAAGUCCGCAAUGGCAGCAGCUUCAGCGGAGGACUGAUGGAAAUGUGA